GAGUCAGAUAAACCAUAUCCCCUUUUAAUCCAACCAAUUCUAUGAUAUUCAGGAUAUGAUCAUACGACCAGCAUUCCAUCGAAUACGACUCGUAGGAUUUUCAUCUCUCCACCUCCAAUCCCGCACUAUGACCUCCAGCACACCCCCCAAAACCCUGAUACAUUUUGGGAAAUUCGAAGUCACGGAUCAGGUCUUCCACAAAUCAAGCUAUUGCUACUGUCUCGUAAACAUCAAGCCCAUCCUCCCCGGCCACGUGCUCGUGAUCCCUUACCAGCACCACCCACGCAUGACAGAUCUCUCACGUGCCGAGCUCGACGAUAUCUUUUCGACGACGCAGAAAGUGCAAAAGAUGCUCGCGGCUCAUUAUUUCCCGGGCCAAAAUCUCAGCGAAGGUUCCUUCAAUAUUGCAAUUCAAGAUGGGCCGGAGAGUGGUCAAACGGUACCGCAUUUUCACUGUCAUGUCAUACCGCGCACGAAAGAGAGCGCGACGAUUGGAGAUGGGAUUUAUGACAAGUUGCAGGGAGAGGAGGGAAACUUGGGGGGUGGACUUUGGGAUCGAGCUGCACAGCUGGGGGAGAGACCGGCGCAGAAAGGAAAAUUCCCAAGGGUGGAUGACGAGGAUAGGUUGCCAAGAAGUGCGGAGGUGAUGAACCAGGAAGCCGCUCUUUUUAGAGAGCAGAUGCAAAAGCUGGGGUACAGUGAGAUGGAGCAACACGAUCAAUGAAUAAUUAUCAAAGUCGUAAAACUCCCAGCUAAAUAAAUAGACGUCAAUGUUUCCAUGGCUAUUAUAAGAUCUAGUGAUCUCCAAACCAUCAAUUCUCUUUUUACAACAAGCAAUACACAGUAUAUCUACACUUUUCCAGUUAUUAUUCAGCGGCGAAAAUCCAUCUCCAGCUCUGCUUCUACUCAUGCUCAUUAUUUCCAGCCCCUUAUUGAACCCCAUCCACGUAGAUCACAAAUUCCAUCUCGUCGUUUCGCCCAUCCCAUCCUCAACCCACAAGCUCGCUACGACCACUCGCGGCGCUUGGCUGAACCCGCUUUCCAACGAUAGAAGUGCUGCUCAUAUAUAAGAAUAAUAAAUGGGAUUUAUCAUUCAACA